UUGAGUGAAUUUAUUAUCUAUGGCUCGUUGUUAUCAAACUUGUUUUGCAAAGAGUUUGUUCUUUUCCUUAUAAGAUUUUAAACUAAAGUAGUAAGUUUGUAGCUUAAAAACUGUAAAUAAAUGAUUUUAAAAUAUAGUUAAGUGACUAGUGUCAUGUCAUAAAGAAUUGAUGUUUACAUCUUUAAUCAACAGACAAUGGCUAAAGUAGCUCCCACAGAUUAUGUAGUGGUGAAAAUGUCUGAGCCCUUAACUAAAAAGAGUAUGGGUUUCAAAUGUAUCCCAGCAAGUUGGGUACAGAACUCCCUACUGCAUAACUAUUUAAUUACUCGUUAUCCCUUAAAGCAAACUUGUGCGACUGAAUUACGAGUAAAAAAUAGACAGCCAGCCUGUGCAAACUGGCCUUUUUUCUGUGCCACGAUUGUAUCUAGAGCAGAUACUUAUGAGAAGGCAACUGAAAUUAUAAGAGACAAGGAAAAGGAGCCACUUGGAACCAUUGUUGAGCAACAGAAUAAUAUGAACGGGCAGAAAAAUGAUUCACCAAAAGCAAAUAAACGUAAAAAUACAGAAGAAAAUGAAACACCUAAAGAAAACAGUCUUCCCAAAAAAUCUCGAAUAUCAGCUGCACAUGCUAAAAAAACAGUGCAGAAAAAACCGGCAGUAGGCCCAAAAAGUCAAAAAGCAUCUCCAAAAGCUGGUAUUUCGUUACGAAAAGGGACUCUUACUAGGACUCUCAAAGCCCUGAUACGAUCAAACCGAUUUGAUACUCUAGAAAAACUGGUAAAUGAAAGAGAUUCACCCUCCAAAGAAAAACCGCAAAACGGGAAAGAAAGCGAUGAUGAUUUAUCUACUGAUGACAGCGAUGAUGAUUCAUCUACUGAUGGAAGUGGUAGUAGCGAAAGUGAAUAUUUGCCAUCUUCACCUGCUCAAAAUAAUAUAGAACAAGGGCCAUCAAUAAACUCAGAAAGCUCAAUGCUUGAGAAUCUUCCAACUACCUCAUCAAAAGCAAAUAAAGAAACCACUGAAAAACCGACUCAAUUAAACACAAAGCAAUUACAAAAUAUUUGCAACACAAUUAUAGAAGUUAAGAGUAAAAUCAAAGCUGUGUACGAGGAGUCAAAAAUAUUAUUGAAAAAGAGUUUUGAAGACGCUGGUCUUAAUGUUCCGGAGCUGAAUUAUAUUUCAACAUUGAUAACUGACAAUAUACAACCAACAAGUAGUAAAAUACCACCGUCAUUACAAAGUCUAGGAUCUCCUAAUGGACAUCUAUUGUCACAGACACCAUCUGACAAGUCUCGUUCAGAAACUACACAGAAAGAAGGACUUUCAUCAGAAGAACAUUCUUCAGAAGAUCAAUCAACAUCAGAAGGGCCAUCAACGUCAGAAGGAACACCAAAACCUUCAUCUUCAAAUCAAAGGGCAGACACAAAAUGGACUCUCCGACACCAAGGACCAGGCAUAGGAUUAAUAGAACUAAUGCCUCAUACUGGAGUUUAUGUAUUAGAAGCUGAACUAACAAACUGCGAAACUAUGAUGUCAGAUAUGAAAAAAUUCGCUCGAGCACUGUUACCUAUGAUUUUUACAAAGGAAGCUUUGAAUACCUGCACUUAUACUGGUAGCAAGCCCAAGAUGAAAUGCCCAGGAAAUUUUGAAGUGAGACCCGGUCUUGAUGAAAAGGCAAGAAUGACUUUGGUGACUUAUGUUAAGAAACGUGGCGAAGAGUUGGGUUGGACUAAGGAAAGUCCAGAAGCCAUUGUUACAAGUUUGAAAAAUAAAUUGCAAGUCCAAAAGUAUAGGGCUAAUCUUAAGAAAAAUUCUAAUACUGAAUAAUAUUUUUAUAACAAAAAUCGUUUUAAUAUUUCCCUAUUAUAGAUUAAUAUUGAUUAUUAUGAAUAAACAAAAAUACAAUCUAGUUAUUUUCAUAUUUUAAGAUAUGGUUGUCAAAAUAUGUAAUCAUGUUUUGCUCAUGCAAUACCUCUCUAGAUACUAAAUAAGAAACUAUUUUAAAUAGGUAUAAGAUAUUUAUAAGUAAUAGAUAUUUUAAAUAUUGUUAAUAAAAAUAUUUUUAUUACUGUGCAUUGCAUAAUUUUUUUGAACUUUUAUAUCUAUAAUUUUAGGGUUCCUAUGUUGAAUUAUAUUCGCGGUAGGCAUUAUUGUUAGAAAUAUAAAGAAAUUAUCAUCUUUUACAUUGUUAGAAACAUGUACAUCACAUUUAAUGUGCCAUUUUUACUGUUUAUUCAUAGUUUAGAAUUACAUAUUAUAAAAGGA